AUGGCGGGGGGGGACAGGAAAAAAUACAUCGGGGUGUCGCCGCUCUCUGUCCUGUCUGUCGCGGCUGUCUGUCUGUCGGGGCUCUCUGUCGCGGCUGUCGCCGCUCUCUCUCUGUCGCGGCUGUCGCGGCUGUCUGUCUGUCGCGGCUCUCUGUCGCGGCUGUCGCGGCUGUCUGUCGCCGCUGUCUGUCGCAGCUAUCGCGGCUGUCUGUCUGUCGCGGCUGUCUGUCUGUCGCGGCUGUCUGUCUGUCGCCGCUCUCUGUCGCAGCUGUCUAUCGCGGCUGUCUGUCUGUCGCGGCUCUCUGUCGCCGCUCUCUAUCGCCCCGCCGGUGUCCCCCCGGUGUCCCCCCAGUUCCCCGAGCUGCGGGGGCACAUCCACGGGGAGGAGAGCAGCGAGUUCAGGGGUGUGCAGGGUGACACGGUGACAGUGAGGAUCGGUGACACCCCGGGGGACACGGUGGCCCUGCUGCUGGCCCUGCUGGGCCCCGAGCACGCCAGGGUGGCCGAGCUGCUGGCAGAGGUCGUGCACAGCGAGGUGACACUUGGGGACACGGAGCUGGAUGGCAUCGACUGCCAGGUGUCCCCGGGGGACGUGGGGAUCUGGAUAGACCCCAUCGACUCCACCAACGAGUUCAUCGAGGGCCGUGAGGACGUGGGGGACGUGGAGGGCAUCGCCCCCGGGGGGCUGCGCUCGGCCCUGGUGCUCGUGGGGGCCUUCGACCGCCGCUCCGGGACCCCCGUCCUGGGGGUCAUCAACGAGCCCUUCUUCCAGCGGGACCCCCAGACCCACAAGUGGCAGGGUCGCUACCACUGGGGGGUGGCACACGGUGACACGCGGCUGUGCUCUCUGUCCCCCUGCGCCCCCCGGCCGUGCCCCCGCGUGGUGCUGAGCCGGGCCGAGGGGGAGGCGGUUCGGGGGGCUCUGGCCUCUCUGGGCGGGGGUCCCCCGAUUUUGGCGGCGGGGGCGGGCUACAAGCUGCUCUGCGUGGCGCUGGGGCUGGCGGACGCCUUCGUGCUGUCGGGGGCCACCACCUUCGCCUGGGACUCGUGUGCCCCCCACNNCAUCCUGCGGGCCCUGGGGGGGGGGGUGGUGGUCCUGGAGCGGGCGCUGCGGGCGGGGGGCUGCGGGGACCCCCCAGAGCCCCCCGAGAUCGUUUAUCACCGGCCGGAGCCGGGGAGGGAGGGGUCGGAGCGCUGGGCGAACCGAGGGGGGCUGGUGGCUUUCGUGCACCCCCAACACCUGCGGGCGGUGCUGGAGGCGCUGAGGGGGGUGCCCGGGUUGUGA